AUGUUUGCAGCCAAACAGCUCCAGCUCCAGCUUCAAAUUCAAAUUCACGCCCGCUGCUCCUUGCUGACCUCCCCCAAGGGCGCCGCUGUGCCCCCAAGGGCGCUCUUCCACCAUGCCAGUGCCCGGGCGUCCGAGCCGCGAGCGGCCUUUGGUGGGCUCAAGCCUCGCACCUCCGGCUUCAAACUCCCAGGCACACGCCCCCCACGCAGCAGCCCCAACAGCCCCCACCAGAGCCAUCAGCAGCCAACGAUCCCAGCAAUUCCGCGCAACAAAGCCAUCCUACAGGACCGGAUCCAGCAAAAGAUCCAACAGAGGCUGACACAAGUACGGCAAGAGUCCGCCAGCAACGCACAGGAGAGAUCACCACGCGACGACGAGAUAGUCUUCCCGAUGAUUACGCUGAUCACUGAGGACGGGACCAUUUCGGGCACGCAUCCGCUCCGCCACGUGUUGAGCACAAUGGACCGCAGUGAACACACUUUGGUGCUGGUGGAUCCGCAGAGGUCGCCGCCGGCCUGCCGCCUGUUCUCGCGCAAGCUUCUUUAUGAGAGGGAGAAGCAGGCGAGGAAGGCGAAGAAAGUGGCCAUGCGAGGGUCGAAGCCCCAGGUUGUCACUAUGGGAGAGGGUAUUGGGGAGCAUGAUUUAAUGGUGAAGAUGAGGAAGGCUGGGGAGAUGCUGGCGAAGGGGAAGAGGGUUACGCUUGUUGUUGAGCGGAAGCGAAGCGAGCGGGGCGUGGAGAAGAGGGCGCUGGUUGGCGAGAAGGCACUGAAGGCAGUCGAGGGGCUGGGCGUUGUGUCGGCACCGCCGGUCGUCGAGGGAAACACCUGGUCAGUCACCGUGCAGGGCAAGGUCAAGCAAGAAAGCAAGGAGUAG